AUGUUCCACACCAGCGGCCAGGGAAGACUCGCCCAGGUGAAGAGGGUGCACUCAGAGAACAAUGCCUGUAUCUCCUCCAAGGCCUCCUCUACUGGGAAAGAGUCGCCCAAACUGCGCCGACACUCCAGCCCAAGCUCUCCCACAAGCCCCAAGUUCGGGAAGGCUGAUUCCUAUGAGAAGCUUGAGAAACUGGGAGAAGGCUCAUACGCUACAGUAUACAAAGGGAAAAGCAAGGUGAACGGCAAGCUGGUAGCCCUGAAAGUGAUUCGUCUGCAGGAGGAGGAGGGGACACCGUUCACCGCCAUCAGAGAAGCGUCUCUUCUGAAAGGUCUGAAGCACUCCAACAUCGUGCUGCUCCAUGAUAUCAUCCACACCAAGGAAACCCUGACGCUGGUCUUUGAGUAUGUGCACACAGACCUGUGCCAGUACAUGGACAGGCACCCAGGAGGACUGCAUCCAGACAAUGUGAAGUGUGGGGAUACUCUUGUGUGGGGAUACUCUAGUGUGGGGAUACUCUAG